AUGGCUGUCGUAAUCACCUAUGGUAGCUCAAACACCCAUCGUCUGCCAUACUACAUCAAUGCUCCAUAGUCACCAUACUCACCUACAGUAACUCCUUAUGCGUACCAUGCAUACCUACGGUAGCUCCCUACGCGUACCGUACACCCCUACCGUAGCUCAAAUCAGCUGCUGUACUACAUUGAUGCUCACCCCUACGGUAGCUCAAGUCAACUGCCGUACUACAUCAAUGCUCAGCCCUACGGUAGGCCAAAUCAACUGCCGUACUACAUCAAUGUUCUCUAG